AUGUCGUCCGCCGCAUCGACAGCGCGCUCGUACGCCGCUGCGAUAGACGCCUUGAAUGGCCUUCAGAGCAACGCACAGGUCAUCGACGCCAUUCGAAAGUCGGGCGGCAAGGGCGGAGACGUGCAGCUGAGGGAGCAGGUCGAGUACAUGAGGCGCAUCGGGUACGAGGCGGCCGACUUGAACCGGAUGAACGUCCUGCACAUCACCGGCACCAAGGGCAAAGGGUCGACGUCGGCCUUCGUCUCGUCCAUCCUCACCACCCUCGCGCCGAAAGCCAAAGUCGGACUGUACACCUCGCCUCACAUGGUCGCCGUCCGCGAGCGCAUCCGCAUCAACGGAGAACCAAUCGCGGAAGACGUCUUUGCGAGGUACUUCUGGGAGGUGUGGGACAGGCUCGAGCAGGCGGACAAGCCGGCGGCGGACGAAGCUACGCCCGAAAAGCCCGCCUACUUCCGCUAUCUGACGAUCAUGGCCAUGCACGUCUUCCUCUCCGAACGGGUGGACGCAACGAUCCUCGAAGUCGGCGUCGGCGGAACCUACGACUCGACCAACAUCGUCCCGCAGCCUAUCACGACGGGCGUGACGGCGCUCGGGAUUGACCACAUCUGGGUGCUGGGCAAGACGUGGCCCGAGAUUGCGGCGCAGAAGGGCGGGAUUUACAAGCCUGGAGUACCUGCGCUGGCGAUCCAGCAGCCGGAAGGACUCGAUGUCCUGGAAUCCCGCGCGAAAGAGCUCGGCGCGUCGUCUUUCACCGUCGUUCCCGAGCACCCACAGCUCAAGGCCAUCAAGCUGGGACUCGCCGGCUCCUUCCAGCGCUCAAACGCCUCACUGGCCAUCGCACUCGUUCAAUCCUUCCUUUCUUCCUCACGCUGCCCACCCGCCUUCCGCUCCCUCGCCCCCGCUUCCUCCGCUCCCUCCUCUACCUCCUCCGCCUCUCUCCCCUCCCUCCCCUCCUCCCUCAUCGCCCCCACUCCCCUUCCCUCCGCCCUCCAGAAAGGCCUCGAGAACGCCCGCUGGCCCGGUCGCUGCCAAACCGAGUCCGACCCGCUUCUCGGGGGUGAGAAAGUGAAGUGGUUCUUGGAUGGCGCACACACGGUCGAGAGUCUGAGGUGUUGUGGAGAGUGGUUCAGGGAUGAUGCGCUGGCGCCGACUAGCAGCUCCGAAAACACCCCGACGCGGUUCUUGAUCUUCAACUGCACUUCCGGCCGAUCAGGCUCUGAACUCCUCUCCUCCCUUCUCUCUGCGCUCGCUCCUCCCCCAUCGUCGGAACUCGCACAGCCGUUCGACCACGUCGUCUUCUGCACGAACACGACGUUCGCUUCGGGUGAUUCGAAGGGCGACUUGACCUCCAACGCCGUCGACGCCUCCGACCUAGCCGCCCUCCAAACCCAACACGACCUCGCCUCGGCCUUCUCCACCCUCGUCUCCUCCUCCUCCUCUUCACUCAAAAAGGCAGAGAUUCACGUCCUUUCGUCGAUUCAGGAGGCGGUCGAACUUGUUAGACAGGAGGGGGAGAAGCGCAGGGUCGAGGCGCUCGUGACGGGCAGUCUGCAUUUGGUUGGAGGGGUUAUGGCUGUGGCGGAGUUGCCGCUGUGA